ACCAUUGUUUGGUUUCGUUUCUUCCACGCCAGUCUCGAGCUUUUAAUUCUAUAGUCAAUUUCGGAGCCCACUGGAAGCCGCAAAAAGUUAUCUUUAAACAGUAGUGAUGGUUGUGACUCCGAGAGAGAGAGAGAGAGAGAGAGAGUCGUUUCAAACUAGGAAGAAAGAGCUUUUACAGAGAGAAGAGGUGGAGAAUGUUCAAACAUGACCGGUGACGCCUGUUAACUGGGAUUGAUCCUAAUAGCUAAAACUUCUUGAAGAAUUUUGCCUUUCAUUCCAAGCUUGGUGGACAGAGCAAUGACUCAACGCUCACAAGUACCGAAAUUUGGCGAUUGGGAGAGUGAAGAGAAUGUUCCUUACACGGCUUAUUUUGAAAAGGCUCGUAAGGGUCGUGGGACCAAGAUGAUAAAUCCCAAUGACCCUAAAGAUAAUCCCGAUCUACUCUCCGAUCAUUCAUCUUCAGCUCAACAAGGUCCAACUUCCAGAGCCAGAGCUGAACCUGAACUUGAGGAAGCAGUUAUAAGACCAGGAACAGGAAGAUCAACAACGCAUGAACCUCGGAGCAGGGAAGAUGGCGACCUCAGGCAGUUCACUGACUCUCCAGCCAGACAUGAGCAUUCGGGAAGUGGAGCUAGCAGUGAGUCAUCAGGACAUCAACGUCAUGGAGGCCGUAGAGUCAGUUCUGGCGAAACCCAUAGAAGACCUGCAAGGUUUAGUGGUGAUCAUCAAGGAUCCGAGUAUAGUGUUGAUCGUUCGCCACUCCGCCAAGCAAGGGUCCCGGCCGCGAGAGAUGGUGGUGUCAAUUCACACUCUUCAGAAGGAAAGACUUCAUAUGACAGUAGCCAUGGUACUGCUGGAAGAAACCGAAUGAAAUCAGAGACUCGAGGUGAUGAAACGCCUGAAAAAGGUGCUGCUGUUCCAAAAUUUGGUGAGUGGGAUGAGAACAACCCGGCAUCAGCCGAUGGUUUUACUCACAUUUUCAAUAAAGUGAGGGAGGAGAGGCAGAUUGGGGUGGGAAGGGUACCGGGGCCUCCUGAGACACAUCACAACAACACGCGGAACCAAGAUGCUGAUGACAAUGCUAAGUGCAGUUGCUUUCCUUGGGGCAGAAAAUGAUGUCUUUGGAGUUGUAGAUAAAUUACAAAGGUCUGUGGGACCCGUAAAUACCCUUGAAUGCGCCCUCUCUCUCUCCAAGCUGAGUUACUUCUCCGACAGUGCGAUCAUUUUGUCUGUGUCCGCUACUUUGUAUUAACAAUCAUGCAAUUCUGAUGUAAGAGCAUGCCUUCUUUUAUCUUUAGCUGGUCUAAAUUGGUGCACUAUUUAUGUU